CUGAUCUUAACAGGUUACAAAGAAAAUUAUUUCUUCAGCCACACGCCUUUGUAUUUUAUUUUUAUUUAAAAUAAAAAGCCACAUAAAUGAUAAAAAAAAAACUGGUUUUGGCCAUUUGGCUCCCUCCCGCAAACUGACACUUUAUAAAAACCUUCCGUACUUUUUUUCCCCCUCCCUCUCUCCCUCUUUACUACCUCCAAGAUGGUAGGAAAGUUGUUGUUUUGGAGGGCAGAGGAGCCGCUCUCUGAUGUUAUGUCCUCGCAGUGCCUGUAGUGGUGCUGUAGGAGGCUGCUGGCUCUCUUCUUGAGCAGCCCCAGCAGCCCUGCCUUCUUUGCUGGAGAAUAUAUUCAGGGAUUCCCCUUAAUAAUCACCUACCCUCUGAGCACUUUGUAGUUUUAAAAUAAUAAAGAGCCCCCAAAGCUUCCUCCCCACAAAAAGCAGGAUCUUCUCAGAGCCAGGGGGGCAGCAGCUCCACAGCACAGAGCCCGAGCCCAUUCCCAGUCCCUCUGCUGGGGAGGAAACUCUGAUCUGUCAGCCCAACAGAGGGAAAGGGGGGAGAGGAGAGAGAGGAGAAAAAAAAAGCAGCUGGAAAGGGAAAAGAACGUCUGGUAGUUGUGAAGUGAGUCCACUGGAAAGCCCACCAACGCACUUCGCCCCGCACAGACAAUCUACUUCAUCUUGACUCAUCAUCAUUCCAGGAUAGAGGUGUCCUUGGGGCUCUCUCUUAACACUGAUAUGGUACAGAAGAUUUAAAAUCAGCUGAUGUUCACAAGGAAUAGAGUCACGUGAUGUAUGAAGGCAAACACAUACACUUCUCUGAGGUUGACAAUAAGCCCUUGUGCUCAUAUAGCCCCAAACUGUGCAAGCAGAGGCGACUUAACGGCUACGCCUUCUGUAUCAGACACGUUCUGGAGGACAAGACUGCCCCCUUCAAGCAAUGUGAAUAUGUGGCCAAGUAUAACAGCCAACGCUGCACCAACCCCAUCCCCAAAUCUGAGGAUCGUAGGUACUGCAACAGCCACCUACAGGUACUUGGCUUUAUACCGAAAAAGGAGAGGAAGAAAAAGAAUGAUCCCAUAGAGGACGUAAAGGUCAGGCAUCAGAUGGAUGCUAUGGCCUUCAGUCUGACAGUGCCCACCCUGGCCUUGAAGAUGCCCAAUGGACUGGAUGGGAUGUCCCUCUCCCCUCCAGGGGCUAGGCUUCCUCUCCACUACCUGGAGGCAGAAUUAGAAGACCCCUUUGCUUUCAAUGAGGAGGAUGAUGACCUAAAGAAAGGGGCGACGGUGAGGAAAAAGUUGCAGAGCAAGUUGGCUCAAAACCGGCAGCGCCAGAGAGAGACAGAGAUUUUAAAAGUUCGCCAAGAGCACUUUAGCCCCCUUCCUGCACCUUUGCAGCAGCAGCCUCUGCAGCAGCAGCGCUCCCAUCUGCCACCUUCAUCAGCUUCGUUAAAGCCGACAGGGCUACCGCAGGGCGUAGUCUGCAAGUCACCUCAACCUCCGAACACCAGCCUACCAAUGCAGGGAGUGGCACCCACCACACACACUAUAGCACAAGCCCGGCAGUUGUCUAACAAGAGACCUCUGCCUCUCCUGCCACCCGCUAGGGCUCCUGUCACGGACCCUCCAAGGACUGAUCGGGUCCUCAUGAAAGCCACAGCCUUCUCUCCGCACUCGUCCUGCAUGAGCCGGCUACAGAGACUGGUGAAACUGUGCACUCGAAAACAGCAGCUGGAGACUGAUCUGUUUCCACAUUUAGGGCUGGAUUGGUCUGAAGACAGUGGAGAAGAGUUGGAAGAUUCAGAGCAAACCUCCCCUUACCAGGUUGCAUGGUCUGUCCGAGAAACUCUCGGCUAUGAUAGACAUGGGUGCGGUGAUGACAAUGCAGAUGACAGGAGUUCCAGGGUGACCAGACUUUGCACUUACUUUCAGCAGAAAUACAAGCACCUCUGCCGCCUGGAGCGGGCAGAAUCUCGUCAGAAGAAAUGCCGGCACACACUCCGGAAAGCCUUGCUGCAGGCGGCCAGCAGAGAGCCGGAGCGUACUGGGCAACUGAUACAAGAACUCCGAAGAGCUACGUGUGCUCGUACCAGCACAAGCCAAGUGAGGCAGAGAGAUGCAGAACCAACAACCUGUAGUGGGACUUCGAAGGGAGAACAGUGCACUAACAAGGCCCUUCCAUUUACCAGGCAUUGUUUUCAGCAUAUCUUAUUGAACCGUUCUCAGCAGCUCUUCUCAAGUUGCACAGCCAAGUUUGCGGAUGGUCAGCAGUGCUCUGUGCCAGUUUUUGACAUUACACAUCAGACACCUCUGUGCGAAGAACAUGCCAAAAAAAUGGACAAUUUCUUGAGAGGGGACAGCUCCCGUAAAGUUCAGCACCAGCAGCAGAGGAAACCCAGGAAAAAAACGAAGCCACCUGCACUUACCAAAAAACACAAGAAGAAGAGAAGGCGAGGCCCACGCCGGCCCCAGAAACCCAUUCCUCCUGCAGUGCCCCAAGGGAACCUCACCAUGCCUGCCAGUAUCUCACUGCCAGUAGAGAUGCCCCACAUACGGAGCCCCUCAACGCCAGAGCUGAGUGCCGAUGAGCUGCCUGAUGACAUCGCCAAUGAAAUCACAGACAUUCCACAUGACUUGGAAUUGAAUCAGGAGGACUUCUCUGAUGUCCUGCCACGGCUGCCCGAUGACUUGCAAGAUUUUGAUUUCUUUGAGGGUAAAAACGGAGAUCUCCUUCCAACCACAGAAGAGGCUGAGGAACUGGAACGGGCCCUACAGGCUGUGACUUCUCUUGAGUGCCUGAGUACCAUUGGAGUACUUACACAGACAGAUGGUGUGCCAGUUCAGGAGCUGUCAGAUAGAGGGAUAGGGGUGUUCUCUACAGGUGCUGGAGCUCCAGGAAUGCAGUCCUUGAGUCGAGAGGUUAACACGGAUCUGGGGGAGCUGUUGAAUGGGCGUAUAGUACAUGAUAAUUUCUCCAGUCUGGAGCUGGAUGAGAACUUGCUCCGUUCUGCUACCUUGUCCAACUCACCUACGCCCCUGGCAGGGCAGAUCCAGGGGCAAUUCUCAGCCCCAGCCAACGUUGGCCUUACUUCUGCCACUCUGAUAAGCCAGAGUGGCCUUGGGGAGAGAGCCUUCCCAGGACAGUUUCAUGGACUUCAUGAUGGCAGCCAUGCCUCCCAGAGGCCCCACCCUGCCCAGCUGCUGAGCAAGGCAGAUGACCUGAUCACCUCACGACAGCAAUACAGCAGUGACCAUUCACACUCCUCACCCCAUGGAAGCCAUUAUGAUAGUGAGCAUGUGCCGUCUCCCUACAGUGACCAUAUCACAUCCCCUCAUACCACAUCCUUUUCUGGUGAUAACCUGGCAGCUACCUUCUCAGCAGAGAUACCCAUGAUGGCACAGCACUUGCUCCCAACUCAGCUGGAUGUGCCACUUAGCGGGGUGGUCAACCCCAGAACUCACUGGGGGAAUCUUCCUGUCAAUCUUGGGGACCCCUCUCCGUUUAGCAACCUUCUUGGUGCAGAUGGACACCUCCUGUCCACCUCCCUGUCCACACCACCUACCACCUCGCACUCAGAGACCACACAGCCUGCCUUCGCCACUGUGACCCCCAACAGCUCCAGUGUGCUCCCGGGGUUACCGCAGACCAGUUUUAGUGGCAUGGGUCCUGCCUCCGCUGAACUCAUGGCCUCCACCUCCCCUAAACAGCAGCUCCCUCAGUUCAGCGCAGCCUUUGGGCACCAGCUGAGCUCCCACAGUGGCAUCCCCAAGGACCUGCAGCCCAGCCACAGCUCCAUAGCUCCUCCCACGGGCUUCGCAGUGACCGGUGCCACCGCUACCAGUACCAAUAACGCAUCUGCACCCUUCACCACCUCCAGCUGAGCUUGUCUGCCUGGCUCUGUGCAGGUAGAUGGGGGACCUGUGUUUUCUACCUUUCCUUUUUUUCCUUUUUCUUUAUUUUUUUCUGUCCUCCCUUCCUUUUUGUUUUUUUAAGAGGGGGUUGAGAAGAAAACCCCUGCUUCAAUACUGACCAGGGUUAGCCCUCUGUGAACCUUGCUGUAGCGUUCACAUGUGCUUGUUACGCACCGGUGCUCAUUUCUUGCAGGCAGGUUCACCGUUCCCAAAAAUUCCUUAAGGAUACAGCACAGUUACUGGAUGCAAUUGAUCUUAACAGUAAGACCUAGAAAUAGAAAGAUACCUCAGAUUACUGAUGCAUGUUACUGUUCCCUAGGGUUUGGAUCAGUGCUUGCCAUCCCUUUAGCAUCUGGUAGAAAGUUUUCCAGUGGGCAGAAGUUUGUUUGGUUUUUUUUUGCUUUUAAUUUACCCUUUUCCAAAGGUAGCAUCUGGCAUGGAAAACUUGGCUGCACGCAUUGAUUUGAGAAUGCUGCACUGAAGUCCUAAAUCAAGGUCAUGGUUCAAGAUGAGUUUGGCAUUUUCUUAAAAUAGUCUUUUGACCUCCUCUGUGUGCGUGUGUGUGUUUGGGGUACAGGGAGCAGCAGUUCCUUUUCUGCCUUUGGUGAAGAAGUGGGAGUUGUCCCCUUCCAGAGCUGGUCACUGUUGUUGCAUGCUGAUUUUUUGUUGUUUUGUGGGGUUUUUGGUUUUGUUCUUUUGGUUUUGUUUUAUUGUGAUGUUUUUUAAUUCAUUGAGCAGCAAGGGGAGCAGUUGAUUGGGUGCCCAGAAAUCUGAAGGCUGAUACAAAGUUAGCCCAGGGGGAAAAAGAAAGAAAUUAAAUCAGAAGGAUUGAAAUAGAUCAUGAGUGAAGAUGAGUGAAGAUUCCUGUGCAGAAAUUCCCUCCUUUGCUGAAUUACUGUGGCCUUGUAGCAUUGGUAAUUUGCCUUUUCAAAUGUGGCUUUGUCCAAGAACUUCUUGCCUGACAGGCUGACAGGUAUUUCCCAGCUGAAACGGGAAGAAUUUGGUUGGUAUUCUGCCCAUCCACACAAGUCUAGGUCAGACCCUUUGGUAAGUUUCAAAUGGAUGCAUUUCUCAAGUUAUAUCUAGCUACUGAAACUUUUUUGGAUAGUUUUCCUCCCACUGGGAGCCAUACUAUUUUUUCAACGCGUGUGAGAUUUGAUGCUCUCUAUGGGAAGCUGAAUGUAUGUAAGGAACCAGCAAGUACCUAUCAGCAGUCAUGGCUAACCAAAAGAGAAAUCACUAAAGCAAAAUAGAAAAGAACCCCUUCUGUCUGCAGCACAGUUUUGCCUUCACUGCCCACCUGCUAAAGGUAGUAUUCAGACUUUUUGGUAGUAAUUUGAGUUCUUAAAGAAAGGAGUCCACUAGCUUUUAGAUUUUUAUGGUUUUUAAUCCAAGAGAGAGCAGCAGCAGAAAUCCUUAGGUGUGUUUAAUUGUAUCUCUAUCAGGAAAGGGAAAAAGGAACUUGCUUGUGACUUUAUAGGGCUCAAACUUGCUACUGUACUCUAACUGUAAAAGUAGCUCCUACUUAAUGUAACAAGUCUCUACUCUUCUUUGUUUCUGAGAUGCAGAUGAGAGAGAAUGGAAAAUCCCACAUUUCAGUCUCUUACUGACAUAUUUCAUUCUACCUUACAGUAAAACAUCCUACCUGCAUGUAUUCUAAGAUUAAUUCAGGAAAUUAAGAGGUACCAAGCACAUGUAACAGAGAGGCCUAAUAAAUCGUUUGAGCAAGGGAUCAUUGAAUGAAGUUAAGUUGCUAUAGAAACUCAUUUUGUUAGCAGUCAGGCCCGCACCAGAACCUCUGACCCAAACCUCUCCUUCCGUCUUGCUAAGGAACAGAAUUUAGAUGGGAUAGGUCUUGUGUCUUCUUACUAUCAUAGCAAUCAUUCUAUCCCUCUUUUCUUGAAAGAUUUUUCCUCCUUAAAUACAAAGGAGUAUGGAUGAUGCAUAUGUUCUUUUCUGAAAUUGCAAGUGUUAUGUGGGUGGAGGAAACAAAAAUUAUUUUCAUGCUUCUGUUGUUAUGAAGUCCUUAUUUCAUACUUGGUAAAAUAGAUCUUAAUAAUAUAAGCCGAAUAUUUUUAAGUGGUGAUUUAAAUAUGUUUGUAACAUUUAAAUGUUUUAAAAUCAUGUAAAAAGUUGAAGCCUAUGAAAUCCUGCUUGUGAUUGUCCUGCUGAUUGAGGAAUGCCCAGUGGUAUUGUGAAAUGAGGCAAAUCUGACAAGGCAUUUAUUUAUGUUUGUAUUAUGUUCCCCAUACUUUGUUGAGGAGACAAUUGUUUGAUUUGCAAAUGAAUUUUGUUGUGUCCAUAUACCUUCUUAAAUGUGUUUGGAUGACUGGCUGAAAAAGAGUGGAGAAUUAGUAUACCAAAUGGUUAAUUCUUUAACCUGCCUCUUUAUUCAUGUCAUUUUAGAAGAUGUUAAUUUCUGUAAAUUGGUUUCAGGACUUUGGUCUUGAUAUCAUUCUUGUGCCCACCAAACUUCAAAGAAGCUGCAGCUAGUGCAGGGUAUAUUUGCCCCACAUUACAUUUCUCUUUCUUAGCAAAUGCAGGGGGUGAGGGGAAGGGAACAGAGGAACAGAGAGUCAAGUUCUGCUUGGUCAUGUUGGUAUAAGUUAUGGAGGAGCUCUUUGGUCUAAGGUCAUUGUGAGGUUGUACUGGUCUAACUGGGAACAGAACCCAGCUCCUAAUCUGGGCAUUGAUUUAGUCAGGGAAUUUCAAAAUUGGGAAAAGCUCUACAGGUCCAUAAUUCCCAUUUGAAAUCAAUGGUCGUUUUGCACCUACCUGCAUUCCUUUAAGGCAGCCUAGGAUAGCAACUCUCUUCCCCAACACAGACUUCAAUUUUUGUAUAAUCCUUGAUGACUCUUCCUCGGAAAGUGACUACGUAACGUUUUUCAAUGAGCAAACUGAGUUUGCAAUAAAGCUGCACUUUUAAAAAUA